AUGACGGAAAAGGGCGUGACAUCCGCUAUAAAUAUACCCGAAAUGAACGAUGAUAGUCGAAUGGAAGAAGUUUCGACCGAUGACGAUGAAGAAGCAGCGAAGAAGGAUACCAAGUUUUCAUUAUUCUACAAAAGACAUAGGCCUUGGUUUCAUAUUGCCUACUUUCUCAUCUUUACCGGCUUCUUAGCAGCUGCCUAUGCUCUGCAAGUCCCCAAAGGUUACAAUCAAGAGAACCUCAUUUUGGGUCUUAUUUACGCUUUCUUCUGUCUCAAACUAUUAUCGCAUUAUAUCCCUUCAUCUUAUUAUACAACGCCCUGGAAUUACUGUGUGGAAAUGGUGCGCAAGCCGUGGAUGCGUUUACCCAAGAAAUGGCGUACUCUUGCGUAUGCUAUUUUCGUCAUUGGUGUCAUUCUCAUCAUCGUCUUUUCUCUGGAAGAAAAGCCUGAAUCCAAACGUAUUCAGCGUCUGGUCGCUUUAUUUGGCAUGUGUGUGUUCUUCUUUUGUCUUUGGGCCACGUCGAAGAAUCGAAAGCUGGUGAACUGGGACACCAUUUUGAGCGCUGUCUUGUUCCAAUUCAUCUUGGCGCUGUUUGUCUUCCGAUGUAGCGUGGGUCACGAUAUCUUUUCUUGGGCAUCUACCUUUGCCCAAGGCUAUCUCGGCUAUGCUUACUAUGGUACGCAAUUCAUUUUUGGUAACGUUGUGGCUGAGUCUGGCAUUUUCGCUGUUUCGAUUUUCCCUACUCUCAUUUUCUUUGCCGGUACUGUCCAGAUCUUGUAUUACUAUGGCGCUUUACAGUUCAUUUUGAAAAAAUGCGCUGUCUUUUUCAUGGCUGUCUUGAAGGUAUCUGGUGCCGAAUCCGUUGUCGCGGUGGCCUCUCCUUUCUUGGGCCAAGGUGAAAAUGCUCUAUUGAUCCGUCCCUUUUUACCCUACUUGACCAAUUCGGAAAUGCAUCAAAUCAUGUGUUCUGGUUUCGCCACUAUUUCGGGCUCUGUCCUCUACGGUUAUAUUGCCAUGGGUGUGUCAGGUCAAGCUCUUUUGACAUCUUGCAUCAUGUCCAUCCCUUGUUCGUUGGCUGUUUCCAAACUUCGAGUGCCCGAAGACGACACACCUAUUACCGCAAAAGAAGUACGUAUCCCUCCUAGCGAUGAGAAGCCUGCGAAUGCUUUGCACGCUGCAAGUUUGGGUGCGGCUACUGGUAUGAAUAUUGCUCUUUUGAUGUGUGCUAAUUUGAUUUCUCUGUUGGCCUUGCUGUAUGCCGUCAAUGCUGGUUUGACGUGGAUCGGUAAAUUUAUCACCAUUCAUGAAUUGACACUUCAGUUGAUUACUGGUUAUAUAUUUGUACCUAUCGCUUGGCUUAUGGGUGUCGAAAACAAGGAUGUGGUGGAUGUGGGACGUAUCUUGGCCACCAAGAUUUGGGCAAAUGAAUUUGUUGCUUAUUCUGCUCUUUCUACUACGUACAAAUCUAUCCUUUCGGAACGUUCUUAUAUCAUCACCACCUAUGCUCUUUGCGGCUUUGCUAACUUGGGUAGUAUUGGUAUGCAAAUUGGUGUCUUGAGUACUUUGGCACCCAAGCGUAACGGUGAUAUUGCUAGUUUGGCUGUCUCUGCGUGUAUCUGUGGUGCUUUCAGUACCUGGAUUUCAGCCGCUAUUGCUGGUAUGCUUUUAUAA